CGGUUUUCGCGGGAAAUGUCGCUCGGCUCGUUUGUCCGUCUGACUGUUUGUGUUUGAUUGAUUAACGGUUUCAGAUCGGGAUUUAAGUCUGAUUCCUGUAUUGAUUAUCGAUCGAUCCGAGCUCGUGCAGGCAGAGGAUGAAGUACUCGAGCAGACUGAGAGUGCGCAGAUCGUACCGGUGGCUGGGAGAACCGCUGAGCUUCAACAGGAAGCUGAAAACAUACGAAUAUCGCUCUUUGGCCAUCAGCGUGGAGGGUCUCCCCAGGACCACCGUCAUCAACACGGGCCAGCACAUCUUCAUCGAGGGAGAGGAUGAAGACAACCCGUACGUCGCCAAGGUCGUCCGGCUGUUGGGAGACGAGAGCGGGAAGCAGAAGAAGGCGGUGGUUCAGUGGUUCGUGCGUGUGUCUGAAGUGCCUUUGAGCAAACUGAAGCUGCUGGGCAGAGAGCCCCACCCGCUGGAGAUCUUCUACUAUCAGGGCCGCAGCUGUGACGACGAGGUCGACGCCGGGUCCAUCCUCAGACCCGUGCAGGUGAAGCACCUGGAUGGAGCGGCUCCGUUCCCGGACUCUGACCACAAAGACAUUCUGUACGUGAAGCUGUCCUGGGACUCCAAGACCUUCAGAGCGGUGGACCCGGCUCUGGUGGACCCUGAACUCGCUCCAGCUUCCUCCCCUCCUCCUCGUCCAUGUCCUAAACCCUCCCUCCCGCCCUCGCCCCCCAGCUCCCCGCCCGCAGCGGCCCCGGCGUCUCGAGGCCCCCCUCGGCGCGCCCUGCCCACUCCGGACCUCGCCAUCUUGCGGCGGGCCUUGUCGGGGGAGGCGAGGUACAGCAGGGCCACCAUGAGUGCGGGGAAGCCCGGCGCCGCGGAGGCCGAGUCGCUGCACUCCGCCACCAAACUGUCGGCCUCGAAAUGCCUGAGCGCCAAGAGGAGGAACGCCUCGGGCAGGACGCCGGGAGUCCGCAAGAAACUGGAGCUCAGCAGUCCGGACAAGAAGUCGAUGAUCCGCGAGGACAUCCUGAGUCAGCUGCUGGACGAGGAGCUGGAGUCGGAGGUGAUGUUGGCUCAGAGGCUGUCGUCCUCUCCCCCUCGGACCCUGCCCCUCACCCACAGCCUCACCCCCCUCAGGAAGGCGCACGGAGCCCUCGCCGCCGCCGCUCAGGGCGCCUUCCCCUUGAAGCCCUCCUCCGUGGUCCUCAGCAAACUCUCUGAGACGAGCAGUCCCCCGUCGCCCGCCAGGGAGCUGCUGGAUAAAAGUCCGCAGCAUGGCGAUGUGAUUAAGACGCCGAGAAGGAGAAAUGCCACGCCGAGGCUAAAGUCUACCCCCAGGGGGUCGAAAGCCACCACUCCUUCUCGGAAAAAGGAACCCAAAACCCUGAAGGAACCGGCGCUCGGAGUGCUGGCUGAGGUGGAUCAUGAGAACUCUCCGAUGCUGCCGGACGCCGCCACCACACCCAGGAGCUCUAAGAGGAAGUCAGCCCAGCUGGUGUCGUCUCGCAUCAGGAAGCAGCUGAACCUUCUGGACAGCCACAAAGACCUGAUCUCAGACGGAGAGGACGAGGACGAGUUUGUUCCCUCCAGGAAGGAGCUGCAGAGCAGCAGUGAGGAGGAGGAGGAGGAGGGGGAUGGAGAGCUGGACAGUGACGAGGAAGUAGUGCUGAAAAAGGGCCGACAUGCUGCGACUCCUAAACCAAAGCAGAGAACUCGCUCCGGCACCAGAACGCCGCGGAAAACUCCCAGCAAGAAGACCACACCCAGCACGCCACGCACGCCACGCACGCCUCACCGCGCCACUCCCAGCAUCCCCAGCAGGUCGCUGCCGGCCCGACAGCCUGCUAAUGUUCUGGAGGAGGCCAGAACCAGGCUGCACGUGUCCUCGGUGCCGGAGUCUCUGCCCUGCAGAGAGCAGGAGUUCCAGGACAUCUACAGCUUCGUGGAGAGCAAGAUCAUAGACGGCACCGGGGGGUGUAUGUACAUCUCAGGUGUGCCGGGCACGGGUAAGACAGCCACGGUCCACGAGGUGAUGCGCUGUCUGCAGCACGCCGCCGAGGUGGACGAGAUCCCUCCGUUCCACUUCAUCGAGAUCAACGGGAUGAAGAUGACGGAUCCUCAUCAGGCCUACGUCCAGAUCCUGCAGAAGCUGACGGGUCAGAAGGCCACCGCCGACCACGCAGCAGCUCUGCUGGAGAAGAGAUUCAGCAACCCUGCACCCAGGAAGGAGUCCACCGUCCUGCUGGUGGAUGAAUUGGACCUGUUGUGGACCAGGAAGCAGAACGUGAUGUACAACCUGUUCGACUGGCCGACGCGGCGUCACGCUCGCCUCGUGGUGCUGACCAUCGCCAACACCAUGGACCUGCCAGAGAGGAUCAUGAUCAACAGAGUGGCCAGCAGACUGGGUCUGACCCGGAUGUCGUUCCAGCCGUACAGCUUCAAGCAGCUGCAGCAGAUCAUCAUGUCGAGGCUGAACAAGGUGAAGGCGUUCGAGGAGGACGCUCUCCAGCUGGUGUCCAGGAAGGUGGCCGCUCUGUCGGGCGACGCUCGCCGAUGUCUGGACAUCUGCCGCCGGGCGACGGAGAUCUGCGAGCACUCUGCCGCCGACCCUUCUGCCACUGGAUUGGUGGGAAUGAGUCACGUGAUGGAGGCGCUGAACGAGAUGUUUUCCUCCGCCUACAUCACCGCCAUCAAGUGUGCGUCGGUGCAGGAGCAGCUCUUCCUCCGGGCGGUCAUCGCUGAGUUUCGGCGGCUGGGAUUGGAGGAGGCCACCUUCCAACAGGUGUUUGUGCAGCACCAGGCGCUGUGUCGGGUGGAGGGUCUGCAGCCCAUCAGCGUGUCGGAGGGCCUGGCGGUGUGUCAGCGUCUGGGAGCCUGCAGGUUGCUGCUGCUGGAGCCCAGCCGCCUCGGAGUCCUGCAGCGCGUCCGGCUCAACGUCAGCCAGGACGACGUGCUCUUCGCCCUGAAGGCGGACUGAAGGAGGAUCGUCUCCGUCCCUCCGUCCCUCCGUCUGCGUUUACUAUAGAUACCUGACAGUUCAGGAUCCAUCAUGUUGUAUUUUUGCGUGUUUUACUACAAAGGACACUGUGCUUUAUUUGUCUUUAUCUUUGAUUGAUAUUCAAUUCUAACCUCUUUUUGGGGAGAUUAUUCACUGAAAUAAAGUCGACCCAAAGAACA